AUGAGCUACGAAUCAUUAUCGAAUCUUUUGGGAAGUUUGGAGUUCUUGUACGCUAUGAGCGAGCCUACUGCAGGCCAGAUAUCUCCGCGGCAGAGGCGGCAGUAUGUGCGGCAAGAGCACAUUCGAUUCAUUGAAACUCGCUUCCGCAUUUUUGACGAAUACCUGGUUACGAGGAGGCCUGAGGGUUUUCUCGAAUUCAUCAAGCUCUUGCCUGAUGAAUUUGAGGACCUUUACGAAAGAAUAGGAAGUGGGUUAGAGCAUCCUCGUACCCAUCUUGGUCCAGUAACCGGCCGUCACAGACUGAUGAUCUACCUCAGAUUUGUAACGCAGAGGAGGACUUUCACCGCUUAUGCUUUGGACAUAGGAAUGGGGAAAACAACAGUAUCGAAUGUGGUAGAGGAAGUGGCAGAAGCCAUCAUAAGGGGUAUAAGCAGAACGCUAGCUAUAUACAUUACCACCAAUCGUGAUUCAGUUCUGCAUAAUGUUGCUUUUCCACCUCUAACACGUGCGAGACUAGAGGAAGUAGCCAGAAAGACACAGGCACGGUUCUCAGUGCUUAUGCAAGAUGUAUACAACGACAGUGUGUGUUUAGAAGCCCGCCCGCUCUGGAAGUAUUACUGGAACUACAAGCAUUACCACUCGAUCAUUCUCCUGGCAAUAUGCGAUUGUGAUUAUCGCUUUAUGGCGUACGACGUUGGAGCUCCUGGUCGCCGUGGUGAUGCUGGCGUGUUUCGGAAUUCCGCUAUCAAGAGAUGGCUGGAACGUCACGAUGACGUUUUUCCUCCCACGAGAGGGCUUGGGAGAGUGGGCCCUGUCCAAUAUCAUUUCCUGGUGGACGGCGGCUUCGCUCAAGGGCCGCGAUUUAUCCGACCGUAUAGAGAGCCCGAAACGACUACAGGAGAUAGAAGGCGAUUCAACCGACAAUUAAGCGGAGCUCGGCAUAUGAUAGAAUCCACCUUUGGUUUGCUGGCCCAGCGUUUCCAAAUUUUGAUGACGCGGAUGACCUUGACUCCAGAGCGAGCAAAGCGGCUGGUUGUUUCCCUCAUGAUCCUUCACAACAUGCUUCCCCGAAGACAGGACAGCUUGGCAGAAGUGGAGAGAUUUAGACCUGCACAAAACGCGUACCAUCCACUGAGGAACACGGAUCUCCUACCAACAGGCGGUGCUGCGAGAGAUCUUAUAACACAAUACUACGUUGAUUUAUACGGUCAUGAAAGAUGA